UCACCGCAGUCUGCACACGGCACACUGGACAAGCGGACGGCGGCGCAGCAGCGGCGACCCUGCACCGCAGUCUGCAGAUCCAGGAACUCCGCUCGUUCCUCCGGUCGGUGCUUUGAUAAGUUCAGAUGCUAGGUUGGCUCAGAAGAGAUAGAAAACCCCAGCAGGGGAUGUCCACAUCUGUACUACCUGACGAGCUGGUGGAGGACAUCCUGUCUCGACUACCGCUGAAGUCCAUUUGCCGCUUCAAAUGUGUCUGCAAGUCUUGGCUUGCCUUCUCAUCUAAUCCACACCGCCGCCAGAAGUUCCCAAGAACACCUGCUGGUCUCUUGUACCGAAAAUGUGAGCCUGACGGACCUCCCUCGUGUCUUGACACUUCGAUCCAUAUCGCCAGACUUCCUGCAAGUGACAGGGAAAUCGACACAAGACUUAACUUUGUGCCAGCACGUUAUAAGUACUCAAACCUUGAGGAUUGCAGCAAUGGCCUACUUCUUUGUUAUCAGGGAAGAGGUUAUAAGUUUGAAGCAUUUUCCGACGCCAUUGUGUGCAAUCCAGCAACUAAAGAGUGGAUGGCUAUUCCACAUACUGAACCUGGACCGCCUGUCCGCCUUAUUGAUCCCAGGUUGUGUUUUGAUCCAUUAUGGUCUCAACACUUCUAUGUCUUCAAAUUCCAGAUUCGGCAUACUGGCAACAUUGAAGUUGAGGUAUUUUUCUCUGAGAACUCCUCGUGGUCUGGUUGUCUUUGGGAAACUCAAGAUCCAUUUUGCAAUGCGUCACUCUUUGUCAAUGGGGUGUUGUACGUGAUGCACCUUUGCGACCAAGAAAUUCUGGCGCUCGACGCACCUGACACAAGUGCACAAUGGCUCAAUCAUCGGGUCAUUCAGCUGCCAGGAUUUGCAACUAGGACAGAAACGUUUAACUGUUGUGAUGGAUGUAUUUCGCAGUCAUCAGGCAUCUUAUGUUAUGCGAAACAAGAACUGGAUGGCUGCGCAGUGCGAAUUUGGUGUCUGGAAAGCCCUGACAAGUGGGUAGUGAAGCAUCGUGUAAGGAUGACUGAUGUCUUCAAGAGAGAUGUGUUGAUCAGUAAGAAAGUGUUUUGGCGUUUCGACUAUGACAUCCUGGCUUUUGACAUGGAGAGGGAGCUAGUCAUCCUUGACGACAAGAAAUCUGAUAAGAUCAUCUCCGUUAGCAUCAGUACUGGAAAAGGCUCACAGUUUCUAAAGAUUCCAAAAACGUUCACUGAACCGUGCCGCAGUCUAUUCUAUGUGCCAUACUACGGCGAGGUUCCAUCUUUAGUGCGCUCGAUGGCCCAGGAUGAAUUAUGCUAGUAAUACUCUGCUCUGUAAGCACCUUUUGUGCAUUAGCUGCUCGAAACACCAGUAUGUAAUGUACUAGAUUGUUGGCUUUGUGUGCCAUUUGUCUGAAUCGUGUAGUAGUACUUGACUUUUCUGCCUGUCAACUCUGAUCCAACUUAUGCUCAUUAAUAUGGAAAACUGUAGAUUAAUUGCCUCU